AUCAGUGCGGCUCUAGGGGGCGCUGUGCUGCAGGGAAGGGGCUCAAUAGGGGGCGCUGUACUGCAGGGAGGGGGCUCUCUCCCCACAGUCACUGCAGGGUGUGUGACUCCACAAAAGAUGUGAUCAUCAUGUGGGAACCUGUUCUCCAGAAUCAGGGCUGGGGUUACUUCACUCCCCGAUCCAGGCCAGGGCUCCAGGGAGGUGUGGGGGGAAGGGGGAUAGAGGUUUCCAGCUUCCCUUUCACCUCCCUCCCAAUGGGCUCCACUCUGGGGAAGUGGGGAGGGGAAGCAGAGCCAGACGCCUGGGUCCCAAGAAGCCUGGUCCCUUCUCCCUUCCCCCUAGGGUGACGCGACGUCCUGCUAGUAGGGGGCUUUGUCUUCUACAAGCAACUACCCCCUCCCAACCCUGAAAACAAAGUGUCCCCAUUUCUCCCACUUGCUUUUAGGUCACCUCCCCCGAGACACCCAGCGGGGCGGAUCUGCCUGUGGGUUACCCAACGCUGCUGAAGCUUCCGCUGGAUGCUUGUACCCGCUGACUCAGCCCCCUCGGAGCAGCCAGACAGCUGGGGUGGCUCUGAGAGACGCCCGACAGCUGACGCGGCUGGAGGAAGCUUGGACUAGAGCAAGAAGGUCCUAAGGAUUAACUGCCCUUCUCUCACCCUGAUGACCAACGCCACCUUCAACACCACUGCCCAGCCAGGCGCGCUGCCCCCGUUGCCUGGCGCCAAGCUGGGGCUGACCGUGCUCUCCUUGGCCUUCAUCCUGGGCUUCCCCGGCAACAUCUUCGUGGUGUGGAGCGCUCUCUGGCGUGUCCAGAAGCGUACGAUCACCUGCCUCCUCAUCCUCCACCUGGCCUUGGCCGACUGCGCCGUGCUGCUCACUUCCCCUUUCUUCCUUCGGCUCCUGAGCGCCGGGAAGUGGGAGUUCGGCUCCGUGGUCUGCCAGCUGUGCCACUAUGUCUGCGGCGUCAGCAUGUACGCCAGCAUCUCCCUCAUCACCCUCAUGAGCCUGGACCGCUGCUUAGCUGUCACUAAACCCUUCAUCUCCCAGAAGAUCCGGACUGCCAUGGUGGUCAGGUCCUUGGUCUUGGCCAUCUGGAUGGUCUCUUUCCUCCUUGCCCUGCCGGUCAUUUUCUACCGCAAGCUGGUGCUUAGGGGCAGGCACCUUCUCUGCGACCUGUCCCAUCCCACCAUUGGCCACCUCGUCUUCCACAACCUUUUUGAGACCCUGACCGGCUUUGUGCUGCCCUUCGCUGCCAUCAUCUGGAGCUACUGUGUCAUCGGGCGCAGGCUGCAGGAGACCCGCUUCCGGCGGAAGCGCCGCACCAACCGGCUCAUUGUGCUGAUUGUGGCCGCCUUCGCCCUCUUCUGGCUACCCUUCCACAUGGUGAACAUCCUAGACGUGGCUGGGGCACUGAGCCACUCCAAGAGACUCAUCAUGGCUGGGAAGAUGGCCCGGCCCACCCUGACGGCCCUGGCUUUCUUCAGCAGCAGCGUCAACCCCAUCCUCUAUGCCUUUACCGGUGGUGCCUUGAUCAAGUCAGCUGGCAUAGGCUUCAUGGCCAAGCUCUUUGAGGGGACGGCCUCAGAGAUGUCCAGCACGCGGGUGGGGACGGGGCGGACCAUCCAGCGGCGCGAGGAGGCCAAGUUGGAGAUGGUGCAGGAUGGGAACCCAGAGAGUAUCACCCUUUCCACCAACCCACUGGAGUAGCCCUCAGCCUUGUGGGACAGGCACUCCGACAAUCCCACUUCAUCCACCAACACCCUGGACUAGCACUAGGGCAUGUGGGACAGGAGCUGCAACAAUCCCACCGCAUUCAUCAACAUCCUGGGCUUACCCUGUGUCCGUGUGGAACAAGGAUUGGAAAAAUCUUCCUGGGAAGCCCAGAAGACGAUGGUGCAAGGCCCCAGCUGACUCCUUCAUGGAGUGAUGGUGAAACUAUUAAGAAUUUGCUUCUUAUUUGGGGGUUGUCCUGGUCUGAACAACCUGCCCGCAACACCCAUUUUUCCCUUCCUCACCGGCUGUGACUUUGCAGGAACAAACCCAGGCUUCAAUAUCUCCACCUUGACACCAACGGGGACUGGCCCAGCUACACAAGGAGAAUAAUUGGACUUUGUGUAAAUAUGGAAAAGGGACUCAAGCCUGAAUGGGGACAGAUGAUUUAGUGAGUCAAGGGGCUACCAUUGUACUGUGGGAGAGGAAGUGGCCUGUCUGCUCAGGUGGUGGGGAAGUGAAAGUUGGAGGGGUAGAGAACAGUUGCGGGUCAGAGGCAGGUGGUGGGGGAAGAGAUGGAGAGAAACAGAGUGAGGGCGAGAGGGAUGGAGAGAACGUUGAGAGGCUGAGGCUGGGUGAGUCCAUGUCUUCAGGAAGUUACAAGAGGUGCUUGAGGCUGCACUGACCUCAUCCGAGAGCAGGACCCCUGUUGUGCCAGGCUCUGCACAAACCCACAGUGAGACACCCCCUGCUUCUAGGAACUUGCAGUCUAAAUGGGCAAAGACAGGAUUAUUAUCCCUAUUUUGCAAAUGGGGAAACUGAGGCAUGUGGGAGGUGCAGCGACUUGUCAAAGGGGAUAUAGGGAGUCUGUGGCAGAGCAAGGAACAGCAUGGGGGUGUCUAGGGACCCAGUCCAGGGGUCUGAACCACAAGACCAUCCUUCCCCUAAGUCUAUUUUCACAGACAGAUAAAAAGGGAAUCUGGGAUUUCACCAGGGAGCUUUUGUACCUCCCAUCUGAGCUGUGUGGUUGGCUGCUCCCAGUGGCCAGCUAGGGUACUGCAAGCUGUCGUUCCAUAGUGAUGCCACUACCGGUAGGAGCAGCUAUUUUAAGCUCAGGCACCUGCUUCGACCCAGCGUAGUAAGUAUGUGAGUCAUCCCUUCUAGGGGGCGCCAGCUCAGAGCCAGCCCCGACUUGGCGCGGGGGACGACCGGCUGGCUUAGCGGGUGGGGAUUGGGACACACGGCCUAUCUCUGCUUGGGGGCGCUGGCUCCAACCCAGCCCUCAGCGUGCGAAUUCACCCUCUGUGUUAUCUUGCUUAAUUAAAGGAAAGUUUCUUUGUCGCCUGUUA